AUGGAGCUUGUAAGGUUCUGUCAGAUGUCGCUAGUCCUAUAUGGCAAACUGGACCCAACGUAUGCGGAUGGGCUUCUGUGUGAUAUCACCGAAAAGGCGACCAAUGCAUGGUGGAACGAAGUUGGAAUUGACUUUCACAAUUUUGAACCCAGCGAUGGUGUGCUCGGGCCUACCACGGUAGCUGCUCUGAUAGGACUGAUAAUUGGUGGUUACAACAGACUGAAAGAAACAGGUGCGCCAGUCGGAAAGGACCCCCUGGAUCUCCCAACCAUGAAAAGAGCCAUCGGACACUUUCAGAAGAUGAACAGGAUGGAAAGAAGUCGUCGACUGGAUCGUGCAACACUGGACCGUCUACAUCGUGUGACGGCUAACAAAGCUGAAGAUGAGGGAUUGGCAGUUACACGAGCCUUGAAGUCGACCGUUGGAGCUUUCAGUGGGAAGGGUGGUGAGAUGAUAGCCAGGGGACUAGGCGGCGGUAAAGAGAAGGCCGGAAUAGCAGAAGUCGAAACUCUAGACAUCGAGAGGUUUGCGCAGCUGGUGAUCGGACGCAGCAUGAAAUGGCUAUGGCAGGGAAAGGACAAAGGCCAACCUAAUGUGGGUGCAGGCGCGCCUGUUGAUGAGCUGAAUGGAAGGGUCUUCUCGACGGACGACCAAGGUAACUUCAUCUGGACCAGCGAGACGAAGAACGAUGGAAAUGAUGUUACUUUUGUUGGUGGUCCGGAUCCUGAAGAGAAAGGAAGACGAACUGGAAGGUUGAGAGACGCUGUAGGGCUCAGUAGUAACAGGAACCACGGUCCACGAUCACAGCAUACCGAUGAUGAAGCAAAUGCACCAAUCACUACGACCAAGCCUGAGAUACCGAAAGACUCUGGUCAAACUCAAGCCAUGGCCAGCACGAACCUUACAGCACAUCGACAAGCAUUACGAGGAAUUGAUCACAAGGGUAGAGAGUCUCCAUCGAAAAGGCGGGUACAUGAAGUACUUUCGAGAAUCCGGGACGAACUAAGGGACGACCGCUAUCAGAACUUUUCGGCCAACUUCAGAUUCGAGCAGCCCCAAACGACAGGACUCAAGCGCUCACUAAGCACGAUUAACCUUCGUACCAUUCAAGAAGCACGAACAGCCAAGUUGCCUAGACAUCUAUCCUAUAGCAUUCUCACAGAUGCUAUAGACUAUCAGAAACACCUCGCCGAAGAUACUGACGUGGACGACGAGGAGAAGAAGGGCGUCACCAAGUCUGUAUCAUCGCUGAUCAAAAUCCGCAAGGAGCAGCUCCGAAGAUCCCAAGAGCUGGGAGUCAAGGUAUUCGGCAUCAGUCGAGGUAUCGCACCCUUUGCACAGACAAGGAUUGGAAGAGUGGAGAAGGUGGAGCGAGAAGCUGUGGCACAACUCGAAGAACUCAACAAUGUCUAUUAUGGACACUUGGAAGAAUAUCAGACUCUUCAGGCCACAUCCACCGAUCUCGUGGCCCGUGAGAAGGCGUCCUUGAACGAGGCAAUGCGGAGUAUAGAUAUGCUAGGACAGAAGCUGGACUACGAGAUUGAUUCUCUACAAUCCCGCAUGCAUGAGGUCGAAGAGAGCAUUGACGACUUUGAGCGACGAGUGAUGGAUAUUGAGGCCAGUAUCAGAGUAUUGGUGGCGCAAGAAGAGAAACCACGACAGGCAUCGUGGUACGAGCGCUGGUUGACCUUUGGAAGGACAACGAAGAUGGUGGAGCAAGAAAGGAAGGAAGUGUCAAUCGCCGAAGAGCCAAGGGCGUUUAUUAGGUCUUCUGCACGGCCUGAUGUACAUAAUGCCGGACCAAGUCAUAACAUAUAA